UAUGGAAAGUCUCUAAAUGUCAAUAUUACAGCUUUAAAUAAUACUGCCAUUUACUUGAACUGGGAAUUCGCCGAAGACAUCCCGCAUUAUGGUUCUUUCCAAGGAUAUCAAGUGUUGUACAAAGCAAGCUCUGUGACUGGGGAUUACAUAUUGAGCACGGAAAUAGAUGGCAACGUAACACAAGCCCUGGUCCAUUUGGCUUCAGAUGAAGAAUGCGAGUUUUAUAGUUUCAAAGUUCGAGCGUUUUCCCUGGAGGGUUAUGGAAAGCUAAGUGAAGCCGUUACCAUGGAAACGUUUUGUGGAGGUAAAUGAAAUAUGAACUAGCUUGUUAUGGUAAGUUUCAACGUUAAAUAAUGCUAUGAGAAGAUUACAUUUUUCUGAUCCUAGGUUUAAGCAAUAGAAGAUUUUUUUCGGAUUCGUGACGAACGUAGAAAGCAGAUUUAUGUAUCCACGAAUAAUCUUCUCUAGUUUAAACCUAGCCUGUCAGUUCUUGCGGCGACGAUAUGACACUCGCGAUUUAAGCGUGUCGGAAUCAAAAUGUCAUUAGAUGUUUCUCUGAUUAUUUUGCCGAAUCUGUUGUUGGUUCAGGAGGGGGUGGUUAUCCUACAUACAUUGUCAAUCUUUUGUAUCAUGACAUCUCUUUGGCGCUCAUGCCUGUCCAUCCGUAAAACACAGAGAGAUUCAUCCAAAUUAUGCUGUAAGCGUACCAUUUUUCUAAAACAAUUUCAGUGCCUAAAUGUAGUCUUAAAAAGCAAAACUGGACGUUCGUUUUUUGAAUUCUUUCUUAGGAAGAUAGCAAAUAGCGUGAAAUAGCCCCUUUAAGGUUCGAGAAUUAACGCAAUGCGCACGCAACCUUCAUAUUUUUGCCUUAAUUUUCGCUUAUCCCCUUUCCGACGCCUGCCACACAGGCUAUAAUCUAACUGCAAGCGGCUUUUUGUACAUUGCUUUAGCUGUAAAGGAUGUUAGUGCUGUCGCAGUAAACUCUUCGUCUCUUCAUGUCCGUUGGAGCCCUGUAAUGGGAGGUAUGGUCAUUGGUUACAACGUGACGUACACUAAGGUCAACAGAGGCCAACCCUUGCACAAGGCUGUAUUCCAGAUCAGUGUCGCGGGAGCGUAUAUUACGAAUCUUCCUGGAAUGACAACUUACAAUAUCAAAGUAGGCUUGAUGAGAGAUGGUGGUGAAACUAUCUGGAGUGAAGAGGUGCUGGCUUCUACGUUACCGAGAGGUAGGUAGGAUGUCAGGGUGCUCAUAUUAAGACCUAAAAACAAAAAAAAACAGAAAGUUAUAUGCACUGUUAAAAUUCCACAAGGCUAUCAAACUAAAACUCAAAGGGACAACAAUUUAAAAACAGGAUUACAGUCAUAGGAGUCUCUCCCAUACGUUUCUGGAAAACUGCCCACCUACCCCUCCCCUAUGCCAACAUUUUGCCCUAAGUGAGAAGUAAUUGUUAAUGUUGGCUUAGGGGAGGGGUAGGUGGGCAGUUUCCCAGAAACGUAUGAUGGUCCGUCAUUUUAUCUUUAUUAAUUUUAUGGUACCACGAGUUGAGUGGGAUGGAAAAAACCGCUUUGUAAGUCACAAAGACCUUCACGGCUUCUCAUAAAAGUAUGCUUUGAAUUCCUAGCUCCAAGUGCUGCUCCAGAAAGUGUAAGUGCAUACAACCUUAGUUCCACCUCUAUCGUAGUCACGUGGUCUCGGGUUCCAGACGACUUGCUGAAUGGUAUUCUCCAGUCGUAUCGCGUUAUGCUACGCGAGGCCUCACAGAGCUCUCGUCCGAAGACGAUUAUGGUUGCAAAUGCUUCUUUAUCUGUGAUUAUUUCAUCUUUAAAGAAAUUCACGGUGUACUCCGUUUGGGUGGCCGCAGUGACCGUUGUAUCGGGUCCUAAUUCCGCCGCUGUUAUCGUUUCCACGGAUGAGGACGGUAAGUUACUCCUUGUUCAACAUUUCAUGGACAUAUUUUCAAACUUCCUUAGUUUGUUUAUAAAGUGCAAAAAAACGAACCGCGGCCUCUUAAAAUCAGCUCGAAGCCGCUUAAAAGAGCUGUGAAAUAACGGCAUUUAAAGAGGCUUAGCAGGCAACAAUUUUGUAUGAACAUCAUUACUUUUCCCAUGCAUAACUUAUUGCGCAUUUCUUCAAUUGAGCAAUAUGCUGAAUACUCGUUCCCCUAAUACGUUCUACGCAUUAGAGCCUGCACCCAACCUUGUCCCCACGGCGCUUUUUUUUUCUUCAAUUUGAUGGAUAAAAGCUAGCCUGCUAAUGGAAGCGUCUCUCCUCUCUCCUCGCCGCUAUAUGGGAGUUUCGCAAAGGACACGUCGUCUCACCCGCGAAACAUCCCUACCGGUGACAAAAGAGAUUCGACGACUGUAUGUCUUCGCAGGCCAGGAAAAAGCAUCCUAGAGACGAGGUUGGGCUUGUAAUCUUGCAUUUUUCUAAGCCAGUGACAAGAAGGGGAUGCCCAUUAUUUCUAUUUGACUUCAUCAAGACAAAUUUGAUAUUAAGCCCGCCAGAUCACAAGUAGGCUUUAACUCUGGAAAACACUUUUUUAAUCCUAGAAACGUGACAGUUUUCUAAUAAGUACUAAAUAAGUUGUGUUAUCUUGAUAGCCUAUCUCUUUCAACUUUUUUUAGUUCCCAGUACCUCCCCUGUGGGCGUCACUGCUUUCAAUAUAAGCUCUACCAAGCUACGGUUACUUUGGCAGCCUUUUCCCGCUGACCAAACUCACGGCGUGUUGUUGGGAUAUCACGUGGAGUAUCACAGAGUGCUCAGAUCAAAGAGAAGUGUUACCAUAGUAACGGUGAAUGGCACUGUGCAUUCAGUUGUCAUAGAAAAUCUUUUGAAGUUUGCCGAGUAUAGGAUUUUGAUCAGCGCUUUUACGAGAAAAGGAGAUGGUAUCCAGUCAGAGAUUAGAUGUUGGACAGACGAAGAUGGUAAGCUUCCAGUCUUAAUUCUUCCAUUAUUUUGUGAUGUUCUUAUUACUAAGUGAAGUUUAUGAACAAAAACUAUCCCACAAAAACGUGCAACUAUGUAAAUUAUUGAAACAAUUAAAAUUUAAGGCAAGGCUGAUCGGUUCAAUUUUAAGUGUUAUUCUAUAUUGCGGAUUCUGAUGUACACCAAGAUCAGGCUUUUGCUCGCUGCUGUUUGUCCAAGUGGUCCUUGCAAAAAUUGUUCGAUCACUUAUUAAACUCGAAGCUCCAUAUUAAUACAGUCCCGUCGUUUACUAAGCCUAAUCUUACCCAUUUUAAAAAGAAAGCUGCGUGUCAGACUAGCCUAGCCCCUGUUAGGGGUUUUCCCAGGCCUUCUUGGUCAAUUCGCGCGGACUACGUGAUCCGAAACGCAUUGACCGCGGCGCCGCGCGGAAUAAUGGGGCCUUGGGACUAGGUAAGUGUCAGACUACAGACCUUUAGCUAAAAUGACUGAGACAAACGAGUCCGUUAAAAGUAUCGGGGGCAGCCUUGCCCGUUCCAGGCCUUGAGAUAAGGGAACCUGUAAACUUGGUACCAAAGUAAAGCGUAACUGAAAAGUGUAGCUCUUAAUGUCCUGAGGGACCAUUGUUCAAUUCAGCGGUCAAAAUAGUAUCACUUAAGUUUUCUAAUCAAACGAAUCUUCAAGAUCGUAAUAAACAACAUGCAAUAUUUAACAUUUUUGUUUCUAGUUCCUAGCAGUGCACCACCAAACAUAACAACAUUAGCUAAUUCAAGCACGACCCUUGACGUGCUCUGGCAACCUGUGAUAGUCGGAGAUCAAAAUGGAAUUAUUCUAGGUUACCGUGUUUCCUUGUUCGACGCUGGUGGCAGUUCUCUAAGAAAUGAGACUGUGAUGAAUUUCAACCAAUUAUCACACCAGUUCCAGGACUUAGAGGUGUGGACGAAUUACACGGUCAAAAUGUGUGCUUUCACUUCAAAGGGGAAUGGGCCUUAUAGUGCCAGACUUCCAGCAAGGACUGGUGAAGGCGGUAAGAAAAAAAAUAGUGCUUUUUUAAGUGCCAAAGUAUUUAGCUCGAAAGUUCUAAUUGACUCCUACUGGAGAUGGGAUCGUCAUUUCUACGAUGUCAUCUGAGCCACGCAAAAGUCUAGUCGUUUGGAAGGCAUGGAAUGAUUUUCAUUUCUAAUUCAUGAGGAGCGGUUUGCCCGUAUGAGUCGAAUCCGCAGGAGGAGACUUAAGGAUUCUUUGUCGUGAUUAGAAUCUCGACCAUACACAGGAACUCCUUAAUAGAAGCGUGGUCGUGGGGGCCCAACUAGCGUAUCUUCCUUUGUUUAAAAUCCCGACAAGCUGUAACUGCAUUUCGUCCGCUUUUAAAUGGGAAUUCACAGCUCAAAUUUGUCUUACUUCAUUCUUACCGUUUUUUUUCCUGUCCAGUUCCUCUCGUCGCUCCUGCUAACAUCAGCGGGUACAACACAAGCUCCACUUCUAUUCAUGUUGCUUGGCAACCAAUUUCACCCGAUGACACAAACAUCCGGGGACUUCACCGAGGAUACAGGGUUUAUUACACUCCAAUCAACACUAACAGGCCUUCAGUACAAAUGAACGCUACAGUGGAUGCCCACACCACGCAUGCUGAGCUGAAUGAUUUGUACAAAUAUACUAAUUACAGCAUAUAUGUGGUGGUACUGACGAGAUGGGAAGGAGUAAAGAGUCCAAUGAUUCAUUUAUUUACAGAUGAAGGAAGUAGGUCGUUUGUUUUUAUACUUGUGAACAAAUUCAACGUGCGAAAGACACCGUAUACUUCCAGCUUCUCUACUCCUUUUGGCAAACAAUUUCAUUGGCUGGUUCACGAAGGAGAAGGGUCAUAAAACUAACGUGCACUGAUUUUUCAUGCAGAACAAAAUUGAUCAUACAUCCACAAAAUUCAAAAAGUUAGGCCAAAGCUUUCAAAACCCUUCCGGAUUUCUAUUUUAUUGAUCUUCACUGGUAUCUGCAGCCUCGUUUCCAUGAUGAAGCUGCAAAUUCGCUCUGUAAUUUGGCUAGGGAGCUCGUAUCAUUGUGGGUCGUCGCUCGCGAUUACUAAUGGCCUCUUUACACUGGUCCAAUCGAUAGAAUGACUUGUGUCUUUAAAGUGUUUGGACUUGUCAUGCAAUGCUUCGUAGGCUGUACAAAAAUAACUUACAUCACGGUAAUGUAAUGUUGAGUUAUUUAUUAAGGCCAAAUAAAUGGAUCUUGGAGAAGAAGGUCUGUAAUUAACGUGCAUGUCUGGGCGAUGUUGAAACAUGCACUCACACUCUUGCAGGGCUUCCUUGCGACAGCUGUGGCCUUUUAUCAACAGCACAUUUUAUCGAUAAACAAAGAUAACAAAUAAAUAAUAAAAAAAUUUCUUCAUUGUAUGAAUCGGAAGUAAAAGGAAUUUCCUUGUUUAUUAAAUGAAGUCUGCAUUUAGCACGUUCGUUUCUAUAUGUUUUAGCUCCAGAUCUUCCUCCUUCUGAUAUAACCGCUACAACACUGGGCAAGACAGCGAUAAAAGUACACUGGUCACCAGUUCCUCUCGAUUUUCGCAGCGGCGUAAUAAUUGGAUAUAGGAUAUCCUACAACAGCACUAAUAACUUCACUACCCGUGGCGUCACCGUUUCCCACGAUGCAUCAUAUGCCACUUUGACGUCACUUUCAAAGUUCACUUUCUAUGACGUGUACGUUCAAGCUUUUACUAUAAAAGGAGAUGGUCCGGCUUAUCAUUUACUCGCAGCUACUGAUAUGGGAGGUAGGAGGAUAAUCGUUUAAUCAGUAUAACUUUCUCAUUCAGGAAUAAUCUCUUGACAACUGUGCGCUGUGAUGAACAUAACAAAACAAAAAAAUCUACCGAUUACUUAACAAUUAUUCCUCGACGUUUGCGAAUUUUCGCUGAGUCAAUCAUCUUAAUGAGACCGAAGGACAAAUGGGCUAUUGAUUCAGAGUGGGUUCAAAAGGUAAUUGUUUUGUAAAAUCAAGUAGGUGGUCAGAACUAUCGAGUUUUUGUGUUUCUAGUUAAAACUAGAUUUUUUAAUCGUAAUUAUUUUUGCCGCCAACAAAACGCAAUUGCUGAAGGCUACUUUAGAAUUUUAACAUAUAGCCUAGUAGUAGCUCAACCAAUCAGAACGCUGCAUUGAUAAUAGACCACUAGUUGGAUUUUACUAUAUAACGUUAACAGUGUGGCUGUUUGAAUCUGUGCUCUGAUUGAAGAAGAAACACACUCUGGAAAUACUUCGCCAGGGUAAAGGUUUGGAGAUGACAUCACAAUGCUCGAAGGGUUGAUGUCAUCGGAAAUGAUGAGAUCAUCAGGUGGACAAGUUGGGGUACAUGACAUAAUAUAAUCAGCUAUCUUAAAAUGGGGAGAAAGCAGCCCUAACAUGUAGUGCGGUCAGCUCUUUGAAUAGGACAUCACUGGGCAAAGUCUAAUUUCCUACACAGAUCUCACACGUUCUCGAGUUCUUUUUUUUUAUGCAGUCGUAAAGCAAUUUCUUAACAAAACGCCUUAUCAACAUUCUGCAUUUGGAUAUUGUGUUUUAGUUCCCACCAUUGCUCCGCCAGGACUGGCGGCUGAAGACUGGGGUACAACUCAUUCAAUUGUUGUGAAAUGGCUGCCAUUGCCUCCUUCAAAUGAGUUUGGCGUCUUGUCCGGAUACCGAGUACGCUAUCGACUGACGAAGACUGGGGACGAAAUUACGACGGGUAAACCAGUAAAGGAGUUCAGUGUUGACUCUAAUACCAACAAGGUUUUGCUGGAAAAACUGGAAAUGUAUGGUACCUACAGUAUAUGGGUUUCAGCGUUUACCCUAAAUGGAAAUGGUCCUGAAAGCAUGACUUAUGGAGGUUAGUCCUUUGUAGGUCAGUAGGUUUGAAUUAAAAACAAUUAUUUCAGUGGAAACCGAGUAUAACGAGCAGUAUUCACUGACUCGACGGUAUUACGAAUCCUCUGAUUAUCAAGACUCCAGCCUGGUUUAAGAGCGGUAUUCUUCACAUAUCUUAGAAUAGGCAGAUUUUGCAAAGUCAACGCGACUGUAGCGACAACGGCGCGGGUGGAAAUAAAUCCUGGUUUGACCCAAUGCCAAAGGUGCAAACUGAGCGCCGAAAAGCGCUCUCAGUUAUUUCCGCGCUUUCGUGAUCUCAUUUGUCUUUGCAUUGUCUUUGCCAAAUCUCCCUAAUAAAGGUGUGUGGGGGAAGGGUUUGAGUAUGACGUUAUAACGAACCAAAUUGCCCCAUAUAACGCUUUCCCGUUUCUCGGUCGAUCUUGCUGUCCUUCUUACUACUGUUCAUUUAAUUUUCACUACCUUGCGGGACCAGAAGAGAGAAUUUUCUAAGGCAAACUGAAGCGAGUCCCUUACACUGAAGAGGCUACGCGUUAAGCGAUGCUAAGCGUUCUUUGCAAGACAUCCUGAAAGCAAUAAACUUCUCUUUAUAGACAUCAACGACGUAAUAUUUUCAAUACUUUUCAUUCCUUGCAUAGUUUAAGCGGCUCCUUUACAAAGUUUAAUCUACAAGUGAGGCUGAAUGAAUCUCGACAGAAACAGAAAUAGAAGCAAACAUUCUUGAAUAUAUAAGCUUGCCAAAGUUUAUUGCUAAUGUGACCUGCCAUCAGGAUUUUAACGCAAGAAAAGAUUCUUCGAACUGUUUAAAUCAUAAAUAACAAAAGCAGGAAUCCCAACCUGGUAAUUUAAGCAGGACUUACGGAUUUCUCUAACCAGCUCGACCCCGCUCUUUUCUCAAAAAAAAAAAAAAAGAAAAAAGAAAAAGUUAAAGGGUUUUGUGUGAGCCAUUGUUUUAUCAACUAAUAUAAUUGCAAAUAACGUUUUUCCAAGACACGUGCCGCUGCCAAAAGCACCUUUAUACAAACCGGCGCAUGUUUCCGCCCUACGUCGACAGUAACAGCAACAUGAGCAAUGAGGACGCACCCCAUCCCGGUGGAAUACUUCCUGGUAUCAUACAUGACAUGGUUGUCACGUGUUGUGAAACAUGUAAAAGCCAUGGACAGUCACUGGUGGACUUUAAAAUGGAUGGAAAUGAUCAGCCGUCACAGAAGUCCAGUGAUUCAGCUCUGAGAGAGAGCAUCUCGCAUAAAACGGACUUUAGUUUUCCCAUUCCAGGUUUCACUGGUCAAGUCAAGUAUGCAAAUUAUAUUUAAAUAAUUUACUCACAUGCUUUUGGAGAAUUCUCAGUUGCUGAGGCAAGGGAAAUGAUCUGUUUCCCACCGAACGUUACUGAGCGGGAAACAUUCCAAAUCCAUGACGUCAGAGGAUUAUGCGCAAAUGUUUACAGCUUCUUGAGAUUUGCUGUCAGAAAUGCAAACACAUAGAAGUUUUUUAACCUGCAAGGGCUUCAUGACAAAUUACUUUACGGCUGGUCCGUAGGGAAAAAAGUUUGUGAGAUUCAAGGGAAACAAAGUCAUUAAGAGUUUGUUAAUUUUGAAAUUUGGGUUUCAGACGGUCUGGGACCACUCCGUCUUAACCUAGCCUGCAAACAGACGUUGUUCUCUUUUUCUAUUCGAAAAUCGGCGAGCAGGCGAGAAAAACGAGAGCGCGAUAGCGUGGACAGAGCGUAAGACUAAGAGCUGAGUGCGAAAAAAAAAAAAUUAGACAAGUGUAAUUUCCCCACCCCCACCCUACUGCACUUAAAGUCAAUAAAUCCACCGCGGGUUUUGUUCUCCUACGCGGCCUCAACGAUCUCUUAAGACAAAAUGGAGGGUCUGUGAACAUGCUAGUCAUAACCCUUCUCCUUUCUCUUGUUGAACUCCAGAUCGAUAAAGUUAGGUAAAAGUAAAAUUACUCUUUUAACUUCUUCACUCGAUAUAUAUAGUCUAAUGCCCCUCUCUCUUAUGGCGAUACCUUUGUAAUGAGUCUAAUUUACUUCUUAGAUUCGGUGUAGAUUUUGGUUAUUGGCCGCUGAUACAGACCCCAGGCGUGGCUUAUAUCGUCAACACAGGGGGAUUUGCUCCCUCUGCAGCGCUGAAUAAGACACUAAUAAACUGCUGGCCAGCUGUUUUGAUUGUGUUUGUUACCUCUUUGAUAGCUGGAUUUCUUAUGUGGAUUUUGGUAAGUAAUGUUCCGGAGAUAACAAGUUCUUCUUCCGAAACAAGACGCGCGCAGUAGACACAAGCGCGCAUUGAGCGGUUUCUGUUGCACCACUCAACUUACAACGCUUAGGUAAAUCUUAGAUAACACCUGUGUCUGGUAAAUUUUCGCAAAGCUAUUUGUUUGAUUUUCAGGAAACCUAGGUGGGGUAAUGUUUCCUCAGCGAAAAAUCGUUUAUAACUAUAGAUAGACCCCUUACUUUAAGAACAAAUAAAAAGGUAUAUUGUAAAACUAGUCAAUGCUAAUAUUGCUCGCUCGGUUCCCUGAAUGCCCCAUUCAAUACAAACUUUCCCACAAUCUUCUCUCCACAAUAAUAAUGCAAAUUACCUUCUCUAUGAGCCGAACCCAAGCUUCGCACAAACUAGGAUACAAACGGAGCUGCCAAUGAGAGAGACCAAAAGACUUUGCUCAUUGGCGUUAGCUCAUUUGUCACAGUGGUGUGUUUGACCUUGCCCUUAGAAACUCCUCAAAAUAAACUCUUCUGUUCACAUUCCAUUGUUUUUUAGGACAGCAAAGCAAAUCAAAGUCAAUUUCCACGCUCUAUAAUAAGAGGUCCGAUGGAGGGAUUCUGGUGGGCGUUUGUUACCAUGACUACGGUUGGGUAAGUGAUAAACUUUUCAGGGUUUGUUCUAGACUUUCAAAAAAAGUCCUUCGUCCGAUUUGCUGUGCCGCGGAACCUCUCGCGACUUCGUCGCUCGCUCUGCCGCUUCGCGACCUUAAAAGUUCGCUCCGCUCCCUUUAAAACAGGUCCACCUGGGGGAAGUCUAGGUUUGUUCCAGUAGAAAUUCAGUUAUAGUUCAUUCUCACUUAUGGCGCGCUGGCAUAUCCUACUCAGUAUUUUCAGGGUCUUGAAUGGAUAGAGAUAGGAGAAUUCAUAAAUCAUGAAUCCUUUAUUGCGUAAGAAAAUUGUGAAACCCUUCUCUAAAUUAUAAAACUUUGUCCCCACCUAUUUUUUCCUUCAAAAACAAAUUAAAAAAUCAACGGCAUUAUUAAUCAUGAAUUUCACACUGCAUAUGCAGUGAUCAAGCACAGUACUAAAUAACAUCAAUCAAACCUUCAUACAAGGCAAGCAUGGCUCCUUUUCAUGAACAGAAGGUCAAUUAAAUCCGGCUUUUUCUUCUUUCUCCCUCUUUGUUUAAUCGCUGAAUUGAGCUUCAGUAAACGAAAUUCGUCCUUCUCUGUCAUCCCUUACCCUUAACCUGGGUCAGGGACUACUUGAAAAUACGACGCGUGGGGUCUGAGGAAGAGGUGGUGGCGGGAAAAGGAAAGACUGCGUCCUGACUCCGUUUGACUGCGUCUGUCACCUCCCUCCCCGGCCCUCGUGCGUCUUUCCCCUAAGUUCUCUGCUCAUAAAUUUCUUGGAGCCUGGAACAGACUACCAAUCCCUCUCACUCCCUUCGAACGGGCCUGAAGUUGAUAAACAAGUCCAGAAAAAUAAUCGACAUACAUUCAUUGUUUUGAUUUUUGGCUGGACUUCAUUAGUUGAUCUAUAUAGUGUUCCGGUCUUUGGAGCUUAUUUUUUGCUAAAUAUGUUUGUUAAUCAUUUAUUCAAUCAGUUAUUUCUGUCUUUAUAUUUGCAGAUAUGGAGAUAAAUUCGCCGUAACUCCAGUGGCUCGAGUUUUAACCGGUAUUUGGACAAUAACAGGUCUUAUUAUUCAAGGAAGUUUCGUCGCUAUAGUAACGCUAUCUCUGGUAUCACAAUCACUGGAUGCCGAUUUUAAACUCUAUGGGAGUAAGGUAAAUCAAACCGAGUCUUCCAGCCUAUUGUUAGCCUAAGAAGCAAAGGGAACAAACAACUUAACCCCUUCUCCUUUCUUUGCCUCCAUGAUGUUAAUUUAUUCCACCGCAAAAAACGAAGUAAGCGGUCCCCACUAUACUACUUAAACGGUCACAGAUGUAAUGUACAGGCGCAUCUUGUCACAUAGCCGUCGUAACCUAGCAACGCCAUCAGUAAAGGCUAUCUUCACGCAAUACCGGAUACCUCUUUCGCUGGCACGAAAACCAAACCAAUUAGAGCCUCUGUUCACACAACCGAUUUCUGUAACGGAACAAAGCUGCGCGACGCCGAUCUCUAAAGUGGAACGUUGCAUAUCGCAUAAGUUCCAUUUCACACUUUGGUGCUUUUAUGAGUGCCAAAGGUCAACACAACAUGCUUUAAUUUGGACUCAAUUCCUGGCGGUAUCAGGCUGCCACGAUCUGGAACAACUUGUCUAAUGUCGUAAGAGCGUCGUCCGAUUUUCCAACGUUCAGAAAACUGUUAGAAAACGAGUCAUUAUUUUAAUAUCGACAAACCGUCUUUUUAUUUAAUUUUGUGAGUAAUUUUUAAUAAUAUUCUAUGUGUUAACUUAAUUUUAACUGUAAUAGCUUUUAUAUUGUUUUAAUAAUAUUUAUCUCUAUACUAGUUUAUUUACAGUGGCAUACCUGUAAAUUGGCUGGUAAAGUUUUUUUUUUAACUAAUCCAUGUAGCUAAGAGUGUACGUCACUUUAAAUAAAGCAUUGUUUUGUAUUGUAUUGUAUAGAGUGUUUUCACAUGACGUCACGGCGGCCAUAUUGGUUUCCCAAAACAAUGAACGGCGGCCAUGUUGGUGUCCCAAACCAAUCCUGUGGGAAUUGAACUCUUUUCUUUUGUAAACGCUUUCUUUUGUUCCAAUAACUUUGCAUAGAUGCUGGCCACGUGAGUGAAAACGCUCCAUUGUAUUGUAGGAGUGAGGACUGGUAUUUAGUACACGAAACCCUCUCGGCUAACAGCUCCGUCGCGACUUUCGAUUGUGACCGGCCUAGUUCCAGUUCUCCGUUGUUGGUGUUCACACUGUAUAUUUCAACAUAGCCUAUGAGUAUUACAGCAAGGUGCCCAAAAGUUUGACCGCUUUUGAUUUAUUCACAUUCUUUUUUACAGAUUUAAUCCAAUCAGAAGCCAACUGGAAACUGUCCUCGACUUCUGAUUGGUUAAUGUCUGCAUGAAAGAAUGUGAGUUAAUUAAAGAACUCACACUUUUGGGCUCCUUGCUGUAACGUAAAGAAAUUUCCGCAGUUUUUCAUCUGCUCUUAAAUGCUAGAAUAUGAAGUUUCAGUAAUUACACUAGUACGCGACGAUUUACUGUGCGUGCGGAUUUUAUGGUAACAACACGGUUAUUUUUCGCUUUCCUCAAAGACUGCUGCGAUUCAAGAUUCAUUUGAAUAUCGUUUUGGACUUAGACGAAAUGCGAAAUUUAAUCCUGGUAAGUACAAACAUUAUUCUGCCAAAACGGGAAAAAAAGUACGAGAAAUUGCCUGCCGAUGUCAGUAAUAGCCAUUUUGUCAACCGGUCUGACGAGUGUAAAAGAAAAAACACUUUGUGGAAUGGUAUAAAUUAUGCAGUGAAGAUAGAAAAUGAUAGUUUACUAUCCAAGGAUAGAAAAACUCUCCAGGGGGAAAUCCAAGGUGACAAUUUAGUUGAUAUUGUCUCAGUUUUUUCCGUGCAAUAUUUGUGUUUAUUCCCAAAAAAUUUUUUUCGCAUCUUUUUUCCCAGCCAAUGAAAAUUGUCCUAAAGGUAACAUAUCCAAAAACAAAUCUUUUUUGUAAGGAACUAAACAUUUUCAAUUUUGGUCUGAAUCAUGCUUGUGAUUUCAAAUAGAAUCAUCGCGCUUGACAUUUAAAAUCACUUUAUGAUUUUUCUUGAUUCUUGAUCAAUAUUAGACUGAUAUUUGCCGGACUGCGUUUUUGGUGUUUUCUCAUUGCAACGGUAUGUUAUGUUUCCUCUUUAAGACAAACAGUUUACCACCUACACCGAAAUCUCCGAAGCCCUAGUGAAAGGUGACGUCACAGGAGCGUUAAUAGACACUUAUGUGCUGGGGAGUAGAAAGGACUUGUUUGAAAAGCCUUCGCUUCGGAUCAUAGAUAUCUACGACUAUUCCACAGCAUAUGGAGUGGUUCUAGGGGGGCAAUCAAGAAAACUUAUGCAGUGUUUUGGACGUUAUGUGCAAAGUCAUCGUAAGAAAAUAUUUCAGACGGUGGAAAAACACGUUGACUUCGUGGAGGUAAGAAAAAAGACUACAUGCCUGUUUGUAUUGCCCAUAGAAGAGGAAUUGGAUGGUUAUGAAACCCGUUAGACUCUUUAAUUUGUUACAUGUUUUUGUUAGCUUUUUGGACCUGACCGCAGAAAGAGCGCAGUAAUUUUUUCAGUCAUUAUUUGUCCAGGCCAAUUCGUGCUCAAAAAACAAAGGAUUGUGCACGGCCAGGGAGCUUCCAGUAAAAACUACAGCACCGUUGUUUUCAACUUAGAUGUUUGUCGGCUACCAUAACCAGUCUCCUCUUCUAACUAUUAAUUGCCUAUUCGCCUUUCCCGAUUGCGCGGGUAAAAUACUUAAAGAGGGUUGAAAACAAUGCCAAAACGUGCCUCAAAAAGGCCUGAGUUGAAAUAUUAAAAUAGUGCUCAAAAAUUCCUCAAAAAAUGAAAAAACGUUUGGAUAAGGUUUUUGGAUAAUGUUCCGCUCUGGGACGACUGGGACGUGUUCUCGGUUUUCGCAAGUUAAACUCCUCGGAGAUGCUUUUAUAUAGACAAGCUAUUAGCCAAUAAUGAUUUAAUAGCAGAAGUAGCACAAUUACUUUUGACCCAGUAUUUGUCAUUGUAUGCUGCCCACAAUGGGACAGAAAUGAAUAUUUGAGUUGAACAUAAAAGGUUAAGAACCCCAGCCGGCCAAACUCAAAACAGCUGGCUAUUUACAAGCGCGGCUGAGGAGACGAACUCGGGACUACCCGAAGAUAACAAAUCCAGCUAGCAGUCAGGGCUUGCAUUCCAGAGCAUGGCUAACAGCUCAGCCACGCUGCCUUCUCGUCGAAAUUUCCGAACAGGAGGAAUUCUUACUAGUUAUGUUUAGAAGCCCCUUGCAAAACUUGGUCACGUGCUUGAAUACCACUCAACAACGGUUCGCUGAAUGGCAUGCCAUCCAAACGUUCAUUCGGUUCACAAAGCGUUGAGUGAGAUCAAGCGAGUGAUUCCUAGUUUAAUCAUUCUGUUGAAAACUAACCAAAAUGACUGGACUGGAAGACCUUAAAGAAGUUUGAAUUAACCCAGGAUACCCGAAUGCACUCAAAGCUUUGUGAACUGAAUAGACGCAGGAUGGCUCCGCCAGUGAGUAGUUGCUAAUUGAUAUCUAAGCACGUGAUUAUUAAGUUCUGCAAACGCCUAAUUCGGAAUAGUUGCCUCUGUCCUUAUUUGUGGGCCAAGAUAUCAACUUUGAGGUUAACCAAAAACUGUGUUACCCCUAUUAAAUAGUUUUUUAAAAGGGUAAGACAGAGGGCUUGCUGGAACGAUUAUACUAGAAUAUAUAACAAAGAAUAACGCAAGUAUUCUCUUCAUUUGUAGGAGUCGUCCAUACCUCUGGCUGUUGAGAGAUCAACUGGCUUGGUUGACAGUAAAAGCUCCUCAUACAAAUCUCUGAUGGUCACCUCUUCUGUGUUGCUACCAGUGUUUAUUGUGGUUGGCGCGAUAUGGGAAUUAGCAAAAAAGUUAAAAACGCGACGAAUGGUUCUUAUAGAGGGUAAGUCAGUGAAGGAAACGUCCGUUUGAAUCGUACGUACCAAUCAGGUUGGAGACGCCUUCAUCAACAUCAUCACUGAUCCUGAUUUGACCCUUUCGGUGGGGAUGUUAACUCACACACUCGGCCUGACAUCGCAUUUGCAAGAUCCUCCCUGUAAUGUUAAGAUCAUGACUUCGUUGGCGAACUGGUGGCCGGAAACAGCCGAAGCCGAUGCUGAUGUUUCAAGCGUUUUAAUGCUGGAUUAAUAGCGACGGAGUCAUAAGCGGAGUCGUGAAAGCGCUUAUGACCUAAUGAAAAUAAAUACCUGGAGUCUUAAGCAAGGUUAUAAGCAGACGGAAUCUCCCGACUCUGCUCAUGACUUCGUCUGUUCCGAUCUAAUUAAAACCAGAUUUUCGGAAUCGGAAGUAGGAGCCGAAGGACAAGCUCACAAUAUACUCGUCCCACGUUUUAUGAUUGGUGUUUGAUAUCACUGUUAAGCUAAGCUACCCCCUUCUUCUGCAGUCCCUUUUCCUGUAGCUGAUAUAGUACAAAUGACGUCAAUUGUACUUAAUACCUAUCGAAACCGGAAAAAUUUGUUUUUAUUUAUACUCAGAAACAUUCGAAAUGUUAUGUAUUAAUAUGCGUAUAUUUCGUUGAAUGGUAAGUAUGACGACAAUAAGAAUUUACUGGUUCUUGUUUUUGUUUGGUUUCCUAGGUGAUAUAAGGCACAACACAAGAAAGGAAAUGAAUCAAGCUGUAGAAGAUUUUGCGACUAAAAUAACAUCGACAGUGGAAAAUCUUAAAGCCAGGCAUUCGACAGAACGACUCCAGUUCCUUGAGAAAAUGAAAAUAGCUAUAAAAUACCUAGAAUAA